CGCAGCUUCCAGGUUUCAUUCAGACUGAGGGCGAUACCGGGGGUGGGGGAGACCCCAAAUCUUAACGGACCUUGGGGAGUGCGAGAAGGCAAGGACAGGCGCAACAGCCUUGAGUGUGUGUCUCUCCGUUAAAAGUCUCACAAGAGGGCGAUGAGUAGGCAAUGGGGGUGCCAGGGCAGGUGGAGAUUUGCAUCCUGAAGCCCCACUGACCCGGGCACACGUAUGAGGAGCAGGGACCGGGCGACAACAGAGCAAAGCGAUGGGCAGAGCACAGACACAUUUUCUUGGGAUUUAAAAAGCAGAGGCAAGGGCGGAGGUCACCCCACCACCACCACCACCCCGCUUCUCUUAGCGUUUUGCAAACUGGAGAAAUGAACUUAAGCGGGAGCCUUAUGGGAGAGGGGAUGGAGGUUGGGAGUGGUGUCAGGGGGCAACUGCCCUUGGCAGAGGGAGGCCAGCAGCAAGGUGGAGGUGAGAAAAUCUGCCUGGGGAGGAUGUAUAGGAAAGUACUUAGGAAGCAAUCGCUUUUGUGAAAUUGCCAAGCCUGGUUGUUGUUGGGUACCCUCCAGUCCAUUCUGAUGCACAGGGACCCCCACAUGUUAGAGCAGGACUGCCCCAUAGGGUUUUCUGAGUUGUAGUUUUAUUGAAGCAGAUUGCCAGGUCUUUGUCCCAUGGAGCCCUUGGGUGGGUUCCAGCCGCCAACCUUUGGUUAGCAGCUGAGCGCUUAACCGUUUGCACUACCAGGAGUACCGUGUAAAUCUAAAAAACCAAACCCAUUGCUGUCUAGUCGAUCUCGACUCACUGUGUAAAUCUUGAAGGGAAAUUUAUCAGUCUUUUCAGCUUUUAUCUUUCCUUAAAAAAUGUGGUUUUCAGGUGCAGCUCCAUUUAACCUGGUGAACUUAAGGCCCUGAUAUUUCAUAUGAAGGGAUGUGACCUAACAUGCCAAUCAUGUUAGGAUUAAUGACAUAUCACAUGGGUUGACACCCUGUAAUUAAAAGGAGGACUUCGUUUAAGUCAACAAGUAAUAGUCUACUUGAAAUUUGUUGUAUAUAUGCAUAGGAAUUGUUCUGCUGGAAAGAUGUAUAAAAACUUGCACAAGACAGAUUAAGAGAUUGCUUUCCAUUGAUUAUCAUGACUCUCUUUUGACAAAUAGUAGGCUAGGUUUUCUGGGAGAAGUCCAUCCUUAACAUUUCACCGGUUACAUUUUCAGAUGAAAGCAAAUUCUUUUUUAUUUAGCCACAAUUUUCUGCUAUAACCAUAGGAAGAUUGAUACAAUUUUACGUCCUUAUUUAUGCUAAUUAUUCUUGAACAGGUGACUUAUUUGGCGCAAAAGUCUUCUUUGAAGAACUUUCUACAAUACUGAAGGAUGGCAGAAGCAGUGUUGGUUGAUCUGUUUGGUUUGAAAUUAAACUCUCAGAAAAACCAUCAGCAGACAUUACUGAAAGCUUUGAAUGCUGUCCGAUACCACCAUGCUGCCAGUGCCAAGUUCUUUUGCAUAAUGUGUUGCGGUAACAUCAACAGCGAAAAGGAUGACGAAUGUGGUAAUUGUGAACUAGAAACAAACAAUGGGUUAUCCUUUCUUUUGAGAGAAUUUGAGACUUUUAGCAAUUCCAGCAUAGUUGCCACCCUGUAUACCAUUAAACAGAAAAUUGAUGAAAAAAACCUGAGCAGAAUUAAGGUAAUUGUACCUGUGUACAGGAAGACAUUAAUGAAGGCUUUUAUUGAUCAACUCUUCACUGAUGUUUACAGUUUUGAGUUUGAAGAUUUACAGAUGACUUUGUGGGGAGGCCUCUGGAAACAGUCCAAUGAAAUAAACAUGAUUACAGCUCAAGAAUUAGAAGAAAUCCAGAAUGAAAUAAAAACAUAUUUGAGAAGUCUGCCCCCACUGAAAGGAGAGUUAACCAUUAUCACAUCUCCUUUGAUUCCAGAUAUUUUCAUACAUGGAUUUACUACAAGAGCAGGUGGGAUCUCUUACCUACCAACUCUCAGCUCAUUAAAUCUCUUCAGUAGUUCCAAACGGAGAGAUCCCAAGCCAGUUGUUCAAGAAAAUCUGCGUAGGUUAGCAAGUGCUGCAGGAUUUAAUGCAGAGAAAUUUUACCGAAUAAAGACCGAUCAUGCCAAUGACGUCUGGAUUAUGGGAAGGAGGGAGCCUGAAUCUUAUGAUGGAAUAACCACAAAUCAGAGAGGGGUCACAAUAGCGGCUCUUGGUGCUGACUGUAUACCAAUGGUUUUUGCAGAUCCUGUCAAAAAAGCAUGUGGGGUUGCUCACGCUGGUUGGAAAGGUACUUUGUUAGGUGUUGCAAUGGCUACAGUGAAUGCUAUGAUAGCAGAAUAUGGCUGUAGUUUGGAAGACAUUAUUGUCGUACUGGGCCCUUCAGUAGGACCUUGCUGUUUUACUCUUCCAAGGGAAUCAGCAAAGGCAUUUCAUAACCUUGAUCCUAAAUGCGUACGACUGUUUGACUCGCCAGAUCCCUAUAUUGACAUUCGUAAAGCCACCAGGGUACUUCUAGAACGGGGAGGAAUUCUUCCACAGAAUAUUCAGGACCAGAACCAGGAUCUCGACCUCUGUACAUCCUGCUAUCCCAACAAGUUUUUCUCCCAUGUUCGAGAUGGCCUUAGUUUUGGUACACAGAUUGGCUUCAUAUCCGUUAGAGAAUGAGAUACUUGGCUGGAUUUUUGCAUACAUGUUCCCCGUCUCCCUUCCAAACCAUCGGCAAGAGAGCAUUUUAGCUGCCUAAGUUACCUAAAACCAAAAGGAUUACAGUGGAGCAUUCAUCUUAGGGUAUAUUUUCACUGUUAUUCAGAGGCAAAUGAUUUUCAUUUGAUUCUAAGAAAACUGACCAAAAAAUCAGUAUGAUAUAGCUAAUAUGUUAUAUGGAUGAGGAUUAUUGUUCUUAAAGUUUGCUCUCCCUAUUUAUUAAUGAAUCAGGAGUAGAUCUAUUCAGUUCAGUAUUUACGGGUACCCUCUAUUCGUCAGGCGUUGUGUUAAACAUAAGUGAAUCAAGAUGAGUAAGACUUUUUCCCUUGAGUCUAAUGCAGUGGAGGAGAUAUACACUUCUACAGCUUGAAUUUUAAUAGCAGUAGAAGAGUACAGAGAAGGAGGGCUUAAUUCUGUCUGGAAGGCAGGAUAGAGAAAGUAUCACAGAGAAAAUGAUAUUUUAUAUGGGCCCAAAAGAUACACAGGCUUUUGACAAGUGUAGAACAACCAUAACAGGUAAAGGGAACGCCACGAACUAGGGCAUGAAACUGUAGAAGUGCAAAACAAGAGAAGGGUGUGGGCAGGAGUUAGGACUGGAAAGACAGGUUGGAAACAGAUUAGUAGGGGUCUCAAAUGCCAUGUCUAAGAGUUUGGGGUUUAUUUUCCAGGCAAUGGGCAGGGAUCAAAAGUAGAGGAGUGUUUUUAUUUCCUUGGCAUCAUAGUUAACAGGGUGGAUUCCAAUUGUGAGAGACCAAAGCAGAGCAAGUAGUUAAGAGGCAGUCAGAAUACUUCGGACAAGAAAUAAUGAAGCCUGAAUGAAGGCAGUGGAAAUUAAAACAGAGAAGAGAGUAGAUGGAUUAGAGAAACCUUUCAUAGAUAGUAUCAAUAGAUCCUGUAACAGAUAAUGGAGCUGGAAGGUGAGGAAGCAUGGAGAAGCCACUUUUACUUUUUCUCGUGGCUAACUACCAAGAACAGCAAGAGGAGCCCUGAUGGCACAGUGGUUAAGAGCUCAGGUUGCUGACUAGAAGGUCAGCAGUUCGAAUCCACCAGCUGCUUCUUGAAAACCCUAUGAGACGGUUCUAUUCUGUCCUCUAGGGUCGAUAUGAGUUGGGAUACACUUGACAGGAAGAGGUAACUACCAAGAGUGGCAACAAAAGCAGGGAAGAGGUUUGGGACAAGGGAGAAGGAUAAUGAGUUUGAUUUUAGACAGAUUGAAGUGAUUUCAGGUGGAAAUACUUGAUCAGCAGUUAGAAAUACAGAUUUGGAACUUAGGAGGGAGCCUGGGAUCAAGACCCAGAUCUGGAAGUCCUCUGUGCAGAGAUGAUGCCUGAGUGUGUUGGAGCAGGCUGAGUCAUCUGAGCAGAAUGAGAGUGAGAAAGGAGGUCCCAAGGUGAAACUUCGUAGAGCAUCUGUAUUUCAAGAACAAGAAGUUGAACCAGUGAAAAAGAUUAACCAUAGAAAAAUCCAUCCAUUGCCUGAUUCCGACUUACAGCAACCCCGUAGGACAGAGUAGAACUGCCCUGUAGGGUUUCCAAGGAGCGGCUGGUAGAUUUGAACUGCAGACCUUUUGGUUAGCAGACAAGCUCUUAACCACUGCUCCACCAGGGCUCUUAACCAUAGAAGUAAGGGAAAAAGAGAAUAUUGUGGUGUUGAAGAAGCCAGACUAGGUGUGGGUGGUACUCAAAAAGAAAUCUUCAGAGAUAAAUACAGUAAGCUCUGAGAAGACCCCAGCGGGUUUGUCAUCAUGAAGCUGCUCUAGGGGCAGUGGUGGCUGAGUCAGAUUUCAGAGCUUUGAAGAAUCAGCUUUUCUUUGACAGUGUUUGCUAGAGAAGAUGAAGAGCGGCCGCUGUGCUUGAAGGAAGGGUGUUUUUGUGUGUGUAGCUUUGAGUAUGUUUGUAGGCUGAAGAGAGAAGGUAAGCUUUUUUAUUUGGGAAAAAAAUCACUGGUAUAUAUGGUAUAUAUAUAUUUUAAUACGAGUUAGUGCUAGAGUGAAUCUUAAAAAUAUGUCCUAUUUUAUACAUAAAUUUCUUAUAUGUUAUGCAGUAGAAUUAAUGACAAUAUUUGGUAUUUACAAAGGACUUUCACAUACGUUACUUCAUUUUACCUUACCAAAGGAAAAAAAAAAGUCACUGUCGAGUAGACUCCGACUCAUGGCAGCCCCAUAUGUGUCAGAGUAGGGUUUUCAGGGGCUGAUUUUUCAGAAGUAGAUAACCAGACCUUUCUUCCAAGGCACCAUUAGAUGGACUCGAACCUCCAAACUUUUGGUUAGCAGCCAAGUGCGUUAAUGGUUUGCACUGCCCAGGGACUCCCAUUUUGCCUUAACAACUACUUGAAGAUAGGUAGGUCAAAUGUUACCCCUUUUAUUCAGAUAAGAAGACUGAGCUUCACUGAGUUGGAGGUCAAAAUGACAUAAUUAGUGGUGGAAUAAGAUGUGAGCCCACAUCUUGUGACUACAAAUUUCAUUUCAGAUUUUACAGUUAAAACUAUCUAAACUUUGGUUUUCUACUUAUUAACAUAAUUUAUUCAUACAUUCAGUCAAAAUUGCUUUGAGUUAUUGGGAUAGGUUUAAAAAAAACACAGUUGUAGCCCUUGAGAUGUUUCAUGUGCAGUGAAAACUGACAGUCCACAAACCAGCAGUUUCAGUUCCGAUAUGUGUGGUGAGGUUGCCACAACCUGAUACCUUGUUUAGUUUAACCCUUUUAUGCACCUGUAGCCUAGGGUGAAAUUUAAAUAAAAGACCUCAUUUCUUUCAAUUCAGGGACGGUGUUAAACACAAAGCAUAAGAUAGCAAUUUCAAACUUGUGCGACAUACUCUUUUAUUUAAAAAUGAAGAUUAAAGAAAUAAUUUCAACCAUUAAGGAAAGUUGAUAAUUUUCCAGUUCUUCCUUGUGCCUUAAGUUUGCGAAUUUGCAGAAUAUUAGCCAUAUUUUACAUUCUGUUACAAAACAUUCUAAAACCAAAUAAAAAUUAUUUUCAACUACUUCUGACUUUGGAUUCUCUGUGCCUAAGAAUAUAAUGAAAAGUUGUCUCCUUGCUGUUUUAGUACUGAGUGAAAAGUACUUAUUCAGUAACCCAGAAACAGAACUACUAGGCUAUUAAAGACUUUCUAUACCUUAUUGCUUCUACAGGAUCUCUGUCACUCUUGAACAUUUGUAUAUAUCCAGUGCUGUUGAGUCGAUUCCGACUCAUAGUGACCCUAUAGGACAGAGUAGAACUGCCCCGUAGAGGUUCCAAGGAGUGCCUGCUGGAUUUGAACUGCCAACCCUUUGGUUAGCAGCCGUAGCACUUAACCACUACGCCACCAGGGUUUCCCAUUUGUAUGUAGGUUUCUAGAACUUUUGGGAUACAACAACAAUAACGAUUUUUUAGUAACUUAAGUUUUGUUUCACUUUAUUUUUUUAUGUAAGCACUGCUACUAACUGCACCCAGGAAAUAUUGGCUGCCAUUUUGAGAGGAAUUAAUCUUGUAAAUCAAGUGAGAGUUCAUGGCAUGGUUUUUUGGGAAGUACUGAUUAUCAAAUUGGAGCCCUGGUGCCAUAGUGGUUAAGAGCUCAGCUGCUAACCAAAAGGUGGCAGUUGAAAUCCACCAGCCGCGCCUUGGAAACCCUCUAGGGCAGUUCUACUCUGUCCUAUGGGGUUGCUAUGAGUUGGAACUGACUCGAUGGCACCUGACAACAACAGUUAUCAAAUUCAAUUUUAUUAGACCAUUUAUCUAAUUGUAAUCUUCUAUUGUGAGAAAUAGCAUCCCAAAACAAACCAACCCAUUGCCGUCAAGUCGAGUUACCAGUGCUUUAUAAAACAAACAGGAGAAGAUGAUGUCAACACUAGGAGUCAGUAUUUUUAUAAGUAGUUCUACUCUAUUUCUUAGUAUAAAUUUGAACUAAUCCUAAUCUCUCUCUUUACCUGUACCAAAAAAAAAAAAAAAGGACGCUUGGAGUUAAUGAAUGUAUUGUUUCUACUUUAGGUGCGAAGUAUUGUAGUUCAAGUAGGUGAAAGCAUUUAGGAACUGUCAUACCAACCUCAGUCUCUCUCCUACAGAAUCUCCAAUAACUGCUUUUCUGUUAGUAGAUUCUUUGAGAAAAUUGAGAUGCUCAUUCUGUAUCACAUGACAAAAAACAUAAAUAAUACCCCUGACUUCAAGAGCUGGAAGAUAAGACGAUAGUUAUGUAUGAGUUACAUCAUUGUAUCUCAGUGGGAUUUGUUGUUAUCACUUGAUUGAUCUAAAGUUAUGUUCAGAAUGUGUCCAUCCUACUUUUUGUGUGAACUGUGAGAGACUAUGGAAGCAUAGGACCUUAAAGAAAGCACAGUUCAGUUACCUAUGUGUAUGUGUGUGUAGCUAUGCGUGGAUCACUGUGUGUGUGUUAAAUGGCAAACAAGUGUGUAUAUGUUGAAUAUGAUAUAUAACCACUUUGUCCUAACGUAAAUUCACACCAAAUGCACAUAUGGUCCCAGUAAAGAGUGGGGAGCAUGGUCCAUGUGCUCAGUGCAUGUGGUUAUGGGAGCCUUGGUCUAAGGCUUAGGCGUUUGUGUUUUUAAACUUUAUUUUAAGUCCCUGAGUGUUACAGAUGAUUUAACAUGCUUGCCUGCUGUCCUUACAGGGUCGCUGUGAGUUGGAAUCAACUCGAUGGCAAUGGGUUGGGUUUGAUUUUUUUUUUGGUCUCCUAACUGAAAGGUUGGAGGUUCAAGUCCACCCAGAAGCACCUCAGAAGAAAGGCUUAGUGAUCUAUUUCCAAAAAAAUCAACCGUUGAAAACCCCAUGGAAUGCAGUUCUAUUCUGACACACAUGGGGCUGCCGUGAGUGGGAGUUUGAUUCGACAACAAUGGUUUUUUUUUGUUUGUUUUUGUAAUUUCAAGUAUGAGGCAGCUGCUCUCAGUCACGAUUGUUCUCACUGCUUAAUAAAGGAGAAGACAUCCGCCAGUGCUGCUUUUCUCCAGAUGAACACAUUUAAUUUGGAUUCAUGGUGAUCACAUGUUAACUGUGGAGGCAAACUUCAUACCCUCUGGAGAUGCAUUUUCUUUGCAGUGAAAAAAAUGCUUACAUCAUUCCCUGUGUCCUUGUGCCAGGUGCCUCAGGUGAACCUUGUCUUUUCCGUAUCCAGAGCAGACUUUUUGUGUUCUCUGCCUCAACUGCCACAGACAUUCUGGUGAUCAUCUCUCAUCCAGAUCAUUAUGACAAUGUUUUUUCUAAUCUAAUGUUUCUUUAUUGAGUCUAUUCUUAUAUUGCCAUGAUUGAUCAUUCCAAAAUGCAAAAUCUAGUUAUAUUACAACCUUCAAAAUUAUUUGAUGGCUCUCCCACUGCCACCAAGAUACAGCCCCACUUACUGCAGUUUAAUGAGUGCUGUCAUGAUCACGCCCCAGCUUCCCUCUUCAGCUCCCACCACUCCCUGACUCACAGCAUAUGCUCCAGCUGCUCUAUACUUCCUUCAUUUUCUACAGCAUGCCAUUGAGCAAGGUCAGACCACAGAGGUUGGUUUGUGUUCAGAGACUGAACAGAAUUCAAAGCUGAUUCAAAGUUACUUGGACUUUCUCCUACAUCAGCAAACAAGCAGCACCAAGGAUAUAUAUAAUAUAAACAUCUAAGUGAAUGGAUAAAGCAUUCCACCUUCUCCCUAAUUCUUCACAAAGAUAUGCCCAAAAUUCCCUUGUCAAUACAGUACGUACACAGUGAGCAGUAUGCAGGUCAUAUGUAAAAUCACUGUAUCUUUUGUUCCAUUAGGUACUGUCUUCGUUAUCCAGUGUUGCUAUAACAGAAAUACCACAAGUGGAUGACUUGAAUAAAGAGAAUUUGUUCUCUCACAGUCUAGAGGUCUAAAUUCAGGGUGCUAGCUCCAGGGGAAGGCUUUCUCUCUCUGCUCUGGAGGAAGGUCCUUGUCAUCAAUAUUCCCCAGUCAAAGAGCUUCUCAGCACAGGGACCCUGUGUCCAAAGGAUGCACUAUUCUCAUGGCUCUUGGUUCUUUGUAUGAGGUCCCCCUGUCUCUCUGCUCACUUCUCUCUUUUAUAUCCUAGAAGAGAUUGCCUUAGAUACAACGUAAUCUUGUAUAUUGAGCCUGCCUCAUGAACAUAACUGUGCUAAUCCCACCUUAUUAACAUCAUAGGGGUAGGAUUUACAACACAUGGGAAAAUCACAUCAUAUGACAAAAUGGUGGACAAUCAAACAGUACUGGGAAUUAUGGCCACGUUAAUAUUCAAGAGCCUGCCUUCCAUAUGAGGAAAGUUUUGUUUUAUCUACAAAUAUGAGCUUUUUAUUUUCCUGUGUCAUUGGGUCCAUGGCAUGUCUCACCAUGAUCUUCCAUAGCCACGUUGUUUCUUGUCUACUGGCUUCGUACCUAUUACUGGCUUGGUAUGCACAGAAAUUCUCAAGUUCUGAGUAACUCUUAACUAUCCUUUAAGACUCAGAUCAGGGGUUACUUCUUCCAGAAUGCUUUCCUUGAUUGUUUGCCUCAAUAGCAUCGUGUACCUCAUUUUUUAUCAUCAUUAGUGUACUGAUUUUUAAAUGUUGGUCUUAAAAAAAAAAUUUUUUUUUUCUUAUUUUCUGUUUACAUGUCUACUACAAAAUAUAAGCUCUGUGUCUUACAUAUAUCUGUAUUUUGUACCUAGCAUAGUUAUUAUCGGAGCCCU